AUGAAGAGCAUCCGCGCCUUUGCCGACAGGAUCCUGGCCAUGGGCCGCCCCCUUGACCUGCUGGUUAACAACGCCGGCCGCUUCCUGGACGCACCCUUCCAGCUGACAGAGGACGGGUUUGAACAGACCCACGCGGUCAACUUCUGGGGCCACGCCUACCUGACCCUCCUGCUUCUGUGCCGCAUCAUUGAGGCCGGGCCCUCGCGCAUCGUCCAAGUGGUGUCCUUUGGGGAGAUCCUGGGGCGAGUGAGGAUGCAUGACCUGCGAGGCGCUGAGGAGGGCAGCAGCGGCCUGAUCACCUACUGCGACAGCAAGCUGCUGGCAUACGUCUGGCUGUCGGAGCUGCAGGUCCGCCUGCGCCGCGCGGGAGCGCAGGUCGACGUCUUUGCCACGCAGCCCGGCUAUGUUGCCAGUGGGCUCAUGAACAAGGUGGACUUCCGCUACCCCCUGGGCAUCCCCGCCUACUACGCGGCGCGCGUCAUUGCGCUGCACCCCUACUUUGGCUGCCGCUCCACGCUGUUUGCGGCCACAGACCCCAGCCUCACCGGCAAGGGGCUCACCAGCAAGCGUGUGGGUGCGCCCUACUUUGGGGCGCCCUACCCCCUGUUCAGCCUGCCCUUCUUCUUCCACACCGCAUCCGGCCCCGCCUGGAACCCACAGGCUCAUGACGAGUCACUGCGCGCGGCUGUGUGGCGAGAGACUCACCGCAUUCUGGAGGAGGUGGCUGGAUCGGGAGUGCCUGACCUGCAGUGCGCCCUCACAGUGCCGGAGGCCGGCCGGUCCUCAUAA